GCGUGCAGGCGGCGGGCUUUGACCGGGCAUGGGCACCUUGCGCGGGACGCCCCGGCUUCGAGUGGGAUUCAGGGGACACUGGGGGCCAGUGCAGGGCCCAGGCCCCCUUGGGCCGUGCCGGUAACAGUAGGGUUGGCGCCUGCCGGCCAUGGAAGAGCCUGGGCCCCCCGGGGAGCUCAGCCGAGACCAAGUGGAGCGAUGUAUGAGCACCAUGCAGGAGGGGACACAAAUGGUGAAGCUCCGUGGCAGUUCCAAGGGCCUGGUCCGCUUCUACUACCUGGAUGAGCACCGUUCCUGUAUCCGCUGGCGGCCCUCGCGCAAAAACGAGAAAGCCAAGAUCUCCAUCGAUUCCAUCCAGGAGGUGAGUGAGGGGCGGCAGUCAGAGAUCUUCCAGCGCUACCCCGAUGGCAGCUUUGACCCCAACUGCUGCUUCAGCAUCUACCAUGGUGGCCACCGUGAGUCACUGGACCUGGUCUCAUCCAGUGGUGAAGAGGCGCGCACUUGGGUGACAGGACUGCGCUACCUCAUGGCCGGGAUCAGUGAUGAGGACAGCUUGGCCCGCCGCCAGCGCACCAGGGACCAGUGGCUGAAGCAGACAUUCGAUGAGGCUGACAAGAACGGAGAUGGCAGCCUGAGCAUCGGCGAGGUCCUGCAGCUACUGCAUAAGCUCAACGUGAACCUGCCCCGGCAGAGGGUCAAACAAAUGUUCAAGGAAGCAGACACGGAUGACCACCAGGGAACUCUGGGCUUUGAGGAGUUUUGCGCCUUCUACAAGAUGAUGUCUACCCGCCGGGACCUCUACCUGCUCAUGCUGACCUACAGCAACCACAAGGACCACUUGGAUGCUGCCGACCUGCAGCGCUUUCUGGAGGUGGAGCAGAAAAUGUUGGGCGUGACCCUCGAGAGCUGCCAGGACAUCAUCGAGCAGUUCGAGCCCUGCCCAGAGAACAGGAGUAAGGGGGUGCUGGGCAUCGACGGCUUCACCAACUACACACGGAGCCCGGCUGGUGACAUCUUCAACCCCGAACACCAUGGUGUGCACCAGGACAUGACACGGCCCCUGAGCCAUUACUUCAUCACCUCGUCCCACAACACCUACCUCGUGGGUGACCAGCUCAUGUCCCAGUCGCGGGUGGACAUGUAUGCCUGGGUCCUACAGGCUGGCUGCCGCUGUGUGGAAGUGGACUGCUGGGAUGGGCCUGACGGGGAGCCCAUUGUACACCAUGGUUACACCCUAACCUCCAAGAUCCUCUUCAAAGAUGUCAUCGAAACCAUCAACAAAUACGCCUUUGUCAAGAACGAGUACCCAGUGAUUCUGUCCAUUGAGAACCACUGCAGUGUAGCGCAGCAGAAGAAGAUGGCCCAGUAUCUCACUGACAUCCUUGGAGACAAGCUGGACCUAUCAUCAGUGAGCAGUGAGGAUGCUACCAUGCUUCCUUCUCCACAGAUGCUCAAGGGCAAGAUCCUGGUGAAGGGGAAGAAGCUCCCAGCUAACAUCAGUGAGGAUGCAGAGGAGGGUGAGGUGUCUGAUGAGGACAGUGCCGAUGAGAUUGAUGAUGACUGCAAGCUCCUCAAUGGGGAUGCCUCUACCAAUAGGAAGCGAGUAGAAAACAUCGCUAAGCGGAAGCUGGAUUCCUUAAUCAAGGAGUCGAAGAUCCGGGACUGUGAAGACCCCAAUGACUUUACUGUCUCCACGCUGCCCUCAUCUGGAAAACUCGGGCGCAAAACAGAGGCCAAAAAGAGCAAGACGGAGGAGGACGUGGAGUCUGGGGAGGACGCGGGAGCCAGCAGACGGAACAGCCGCCUCCUAAUGAGCAGCUUCUCCAAGCGCAAGAAAAAGGGCAGCAAGCUAAAGAAGGUGGCCAGCGUGGAGGAGGGGGACGAGGACCUGGAUUCCCCAGGAAGCCAGAGCCGAGGGACCACUCGGCAGAAGAAGACCAUGAAGCUGUCGCGGGCCCUCUCAGACCUCGUGAAGUACACCAAAUCUGUUGGCAUCCAUGACGUGGAGACGGAGGUGGCAUCUAGCUGGCAGGUGUCAUCCUUCAGCGAGACCAAGGCCCACCAGAUCCUGCAGCAGAAGCCAGCGCAGUACCUGCGCUUCAACCAGCACCAGCUCUCCCGAAUCUACCCCUCCUCCUACCGCGUCGACUCUAGCAAUUACAACCCGCAGCCCUUCUGGAACGCUGGCUGCCAGAUGGUGGCCCUGAACUACCAGACAGAGGGGCGGAUGCUGCAGCUGAACCGGGCCAAGUUCAGUGCCAACGGCAACUGUGGCUACGUGCUCAAGCCCCAGUGCAUGUGCCAGGGUGUCUUCAACCCCAACUCAGAGGACCCCUUGCCUGGGCAGCUCAAGAAGCAGCUGGUCCUCCGGAUCAUCAGUGGGCAGCAGCUCCCCAAGCCUCGGGACUCGAUGCUCGGAGAUCGUGGGGAGAUCAUUGACCCCUUUGUGGAGGUGGAAGUCAUUGGGCUCCCCGUGGACUGCAAUAAGGAACAGACCCGCGUGGUAGAUGACAACGGAUUCAACCCCAUGUGGGAGGAGACCCUGGUGUUCACGGUGCACAUGCCCGAGAUUGCACUGGUCCGCUUCCUUGUCUGGGACCACGACCCCAUUGGUCGCGACUUCAUCGGUCAGAGGACACUGGCCUUCAGCAGCAUGAUGCCAGGCUACCGGCAUGUGUAUCUGGAGGGGAUGGAAGAGGCCUCCAUCUUUGUGCAUGUGGCUGUCAGUGACAUCAGUGGUAAGGUCAAGCAGGCUCUGGGCCUAAAAGGCCUCUUCCUCCGGGGCUCAAAGCCCGGCUCACUGGACAGUCAUGCUGCUGGGCAGCCCCCGCCCCGGCCCUCCGUUAGCCAACGGCUCCUGCGGCGCACGGCCAGCGCCCCAACCAAGAGCCAGAAGCCAGGCCGCAAGGGCUUCCCGGAGCUGGUGCUGGGCACACAGGAUGCGGGCUCCGAGGGGACGGCUGAUGAUGUGGCACCCCCCAGCCCUGGCCCUGCUCCGGAAGCCCUGUCUCGGGAAGGGCCCGGCAGUAGCAGCCCUCGAGACUCCCGCCCCUUCUCCAUGCAGCGGUCGAUCUCCCCUCUGUGCAGCCUGGAAACCAUCGCUGAGGAGCCAGUCUUGGGCCCAGGACCCCUGCCACUGACGGCCACCCUCACCAGCCCCUCCCAGGAAGGGCCCCAGUGCCCUGCAAGCCCUGGAGCCAAAGUGGCGAGCCUUCCAGGGAUGGCUCUGGGAGCUUCCAGGGACUUCCAGCUCAAGACUGGAGGCCACAGGGACCCUGAGGACUCCCUAGAGAGCGGGCAGUGGCCUUGUAAUGAUGGAUGCCCCAGUGGGGCACGGGAGGGGAGCCCUGGCAGCCAGCGGGACGGCAAGAAUCACCUCCGGGUUCCGGGUCAUCUGCCCAUGGUCAGAAGGGCCAAGAGUGAAGGGCAGGUGCCCUCGGAACCCCUGGGCGGAUGGCGGCACCUGGCUGGGCCCUUCCCCACCCCCGUUGUGUAUUCAGACGCUACUGGUGGUGACCGGCUAUGGCAGCGACUGGAGCCGGGCAGCCACCGUGACAGCGUGUCCUCAUCCUCCAGCAUGUCGUCCAGUGACACUGUCAUCGACCUCUCCCUGCCGAACUUGGGCCUGGGCCGCAGCCGUGAGAGCCUCACUGGGGUCCCAGUUGGACGCCUGCCCCCUCGGCCCUGCUCAGCCUCUGCUGCCCGCCCGAACUUGACCCCCGUGACCAAGAGCAAAUCCAACCCCAACCUGCGGGCUGCCAGCCAGUUGCCGCCCGUGCCCGAUGAGCUGCGGCCUCGACCCCUAGCCCCGCGUCCACCUGGACUGCACCCACGGCUGCACUGGGGACGCCUCUCUCUGGUGGGCCUCCAGGACUGCCCUGUGGCUGCCAAGUCCAAGAGCCUGGGGGACCUCACUGCCGAUGACUUUGCCCCCAGCUUUGAGGGCAACUCCCGCAGCCUGAGCCGCAACCUGGGCCCCCCUGGGGGUGUGCAUCAGGCAGAGCCAGGAGCACGGAAGGAUGCCCUGACAGAGCAGCUGCGCUGGCUGACAAGCUUCCAGCAGGCAGGGGACAUCACGUCACCCACCAGCCUGGGCCCGGCAGGGGAGGGGGUGGUGGGGGGCCCGAGCUUCCUGCGGCGCUCCUCCUCCCGAGGCCAGAGCCGUGUGCGAGCCAUCGCCAGCCGGGCCCGCCAGGCCCAGGAGCGACAGCAGCGACUACAGGGUCUGGGCCGGUGGGGACCCCCAGAGGAGGAGCGGGGCACCCCCGAGGGUGCCUGUUCUGUGGGCCAUGAGGGCUGUGUGGACAUACCAGCCUCCAAGGGAGCCCCCGAGCAGGUGCCAGGUGCUGCUGACGGCCUCCUCCUGCUGAGACUCUGACCCUGCCCUGGCAGCUGACUGCCCACCCUCCCCAAGGCCUGCUGGCCUGGGCAGCCUUGAAGGCGGGGGGUGGGUGGGGGUGUCCAGUGUGUGUUCAGGAGCAGCCAGGGCUCCAAAGCUGCAUCCCUCACGGCCCUCUGCCGAACACACCAGCAAGGGCUGUGCUCACGGGCGUGUCCUCAGCCCUGGCCUUCCUCCUGCACGUACGCCCCACAGGAGCUGCAGCUCGUGGCCUGCCAGGUGCCCACAGGAUGGCGGCAGUGCACGCUGCCAGGCCGGCCCACCAGGCAAAUUUUCCACCAUGUUUUAAGAUAUAUAUAUAUAUAAAGAGAUUUAAAUUUUUAGAGGCAAAACUUAUACAUUAAAAUGAUGCUAAGUCCUUUUCCAUUUUUUUAACCUGGUUUUUAGCCUGUGGGUGCGUGUGGUGUGCGUCUGCUCACGUCCGUGUGGACUCUCGUGUGCGUAUGUUUCCCAGGAAUGCUCGUUAUGUGCCCAAAGCUGCCCGGAAGGUUGUCCCUGUGCCCCCCGCCCUGACUCUGUGCUUUGGCUUGUUCUGAACAAACUGUCCUCUGUACUGGACGUUGUGAAGACUCUUUGUAUACUCCUGAACACAGCUCCAAUAAACACGGUCA